AGUAACUUCACUGAAAGGUAGAUGCGCUUAGGGUUGUUUUUGCCAUCUCGAACUUUAUUUUGUGACUCCCUCUCGAUCAGGAAAAUGUAUGCAGCUGUUAUGCUCUUCGUCUUCAUGUGCUUGACUGCCACCACCCAUGCAGAUCACCAUCAGCCUUGUCAUGCACCCAAUAUGACUGGAUUCAUGACUGUGAUGUCCCUAAAGGGUGAAGUGAAAGCAUUUGGUGCGUUCACUUACGAUUCAAUGGGCAAGAAACUACGGUUCAGAUCAAACGAGAGCCAACCCACAAACACCUCCCUAGGUUUGGAUCUGCUGAUGUUUUUUGAUGAUGGGAUUUUCUACGAGAUUGACAGCAAAAACCAGAGCUGUGAGAAAAAAACACUGCAAUGCACCCAGCACCCUCUAGAUAUUCCCGAUGAUGCAACGUUUUCAUCUACGGCAAACACUGGGAGUCCAUUCAUUGAAGGGGAGGGAUUAAAAGUCACCAUAUGGACAGGAUCAAUGCCAGACACGAAAGGCCAUUACUCCAUGUCUGUAACCACGAAAUGUUUGCCUGUCACCACGUUCUACUUCUUUGAGUCCGCAACAUUCUUAUUCAGCAACACGGACAUUGAACUCGAGAUCAAAGAUCCUGAUCUCCUUGUGGUGCCUUCCUUUUGUGUGGGACAGCCUUUGGAGGAGACACCUGAAGGGACAAUAAAUAGUUUCCUCAACGAGUUCAUGUAGAUGAAACCUCGCCAGCAGAAAAUCAAACCCCUAUCCAAGUGUGGCCUGCCAGAAUUUUAGACUUUUCUCUCCUUUUCAUGUGUGACUCGAGUUUUUCGCGUGACACUGCACUACAUCACAUCUGUUUCCAUCCCAUCUUCCACUCCCCUAUGAAGAUUUGGCUUUGAAUGGAUCAUACUGUAUACAUACAUGCAUUUUGAUAUAAAGGAAAGAGAUAUGACAUGGAUUAUAGAAUUAGUCAUAAUUACUAACAGUUGGUGGCUUUUUAAGUUGGUACUGCUUACAAAACCUGUAAGAUAUGAUUAAUGGAACAAUAAAAUGUCAAAGCUG